CAGAGCGUGGCUGUCUCGCGGCCUUCCGUCGCUGAUACAACUUUUACAUACAUUUUCAUAAAUUCAUAAUGGGCCUCAUGAAUAGGAGUGAUUUAGAAAACGACACCUACACUUUCUUCGGCCCAAUUGACAUAGCUAUAUACGGUGAUGAAAACAAUUACGACGAAUCAUUUACUUUUAAAAUAACAGUGAGUGUUGUACUUUGUAUUUUCAUGGUGUUAAGUAUCAUCGGAAACGUGUGUACAUUAGCGGUAAUUGCGCGAGAUAAAUCCAUGAGGACGCCUACAAAUUGCUACCUGUGUAAUCUUGCCAUAACGGACCUUAUGAUGGCGUUUUAUGUGCCUACGGAAGUAUACUUUUUUUGGGUACCAGACUUUUAUCCUUUUGGUGAAGUGGGUUGUAGGAUACACUUCAUACUUUGGGAUUGUGUAAGCAACUGCAGUGUACUUACAAUUGUUGCGUUUACAGUGGAACGUUACCUAGUGGUUUCCAGACCGUUUCUUAGGCAAAGACUCACAAUAAAGUCGCGGGUGUAUAAAAUAAUCGCAGUUAUAUGGAUUGUCUGUUGUGUUUUGUGUAUCCCAGAUAUAUUCUACAUUGAUUUGUUGGAGAGGAAGAAAUAUGUGUAUUGUUACUACACAGUGUCGGAUUUGAUGAGAAUUUUCAUUGUUGUGGACAUAUUUGUGUUUUUUGUGGUGCCUAUGUCGAUUAUUUUAGUUUUGUACGUGUUAAUAGCACUGAAGUUGAAAGCGACGCAACGCAAGUUACGAUGUAGUCCUGUUUAUGGGAAACAAGAAAGAGAUAAAGCUGUUAAAAUGCUCGCAGCGGUGGCGGGACUGUUCUUCGUAGGCUGGGCGCCCUACUGCGGGUACAGAAUCAUGGUCAUCACUCCCAAAUACAAGUACGACGACUAUUACAAUGUGAGUAUGGCGUGGCGAGUUCUGUACUACAUGUGCGCAAUCAACGUGUACCUGUCUACAGCUGGUAAUCCCAUCCUCUACAGCCUGAUGUCGCGCAGAUUCCGGACAGCUUUCAAGGACUUCCUCAAGGGGCGUAAUUCAUCGCUACACAGAGGCCAAACACAGACAUCUCUUCAUUCCACAAUGAAUAGCACUUAUUACAAUAGAACAAACACGACAGUAGGAAAUAAAAACUAGAGUUAGAUUAUUAUGUAAGAAAAUACUGAAUUGGAUGCAAUCAAGCUAGUGAGCUGGGGGGUUAAAAUGGCCACAUCGAAGCAAUUCAUCUAAGAAAGCAAUAAGUAUAGCUAUUUGACAGUUGUUUGUAUGGCGCACUUACUUUUAUAAGCGCAAAUUUCUGAUGAUGAAUUGCUUCGAUGUGGCCAUUUUAACCCCCUAAUAUACGUCACAUGGGGUCUUAGUCAAGUUGCACACGAUAACGAAAAACGAUAAUGCAAGCAUAUACAGGGUGCUAGUGACAUCGUAACUAAAACUUUGAGGUGAGAUUCAGACCAUGAUUCUGAGUUGAUAUCAAGUGGAAUUUUCCGUUGCAAAAGUAUGAAACUGAAAAUAAUAAAAAGGAGACUAGAAUUUUCCGACAGGAAAUUCCACUUGUUAUCGACUCAGAAUCAUGGUCUGAAUCAUCCCCCUCAGUAUUCGUUACGGUGUCACUAACACCCAUUAUGUACUUGUAUGGCCACCUGUAAGUACUUUUAUGGGAUGUAAGUGACAUCGUAACGAAUACUGAGAGGGAUGAUUCGGCUCAUUAUUCUGAGUUAGUAUCAAGUUAAAUUAUUUCCAAUACUUUUGCGACGGAAAAUUCCAUUUGAUAUUAACUCAGAAUCAUGGUCUGAAUCAUCCCAAUCAGUACUCGUUACGGUGUCACCAACACACUGUAUUAUUAUUAUUUCACAUUAAGUAACUCCCAUACAUUUUAUUAGAUUUCACUGUCGUUAUUGGUAAUCGUUUGCAACUUUGCUAAAGCCCCCUAAGUCCAAAUCCUAAAGUAUGUAUUUUGGGACACAACUCACCGAGAUACCAUGACCAACUUAAUAUUAAUUAUAUUUGUUUUUAUUUUUUCGUAUUUAUUUUAUUAUAUUUAAAUGUAGGUAUGGUAGUCAAACACUUGGCGACAGUUUGGCAAUGAUGCCAUUUCAUAAAAAUAAAAUAUUAAUUUUCAUUUUUAUAAAUUGUUUGGCGACGUUGCCGGCGACGCGGCCUUGGCGUCUCGGUAAAUAUAAUUAUAAUAAUAUGGCUAUUGUUCACACACAUUUACAGGGAGAGAGUCAUUUAUUUAUUUAUUUAUUUAUGGAUCACUUACAGCUAUGCACAUUAUAACAUUUAGUUAGGACACAAUUAAACAAAGUAAAACAGUACUUAUGUGUAAGCCAAUUACAAAUGAACACAACAUCUAUACUUAUAAUAAAUCUGUAGAGAGGUCAAUUCUGUACAUUAAAUAUUUUUUCAAAAUAACUAUCAGGGGGUGAUAAGUGGUCGAUACUGAUGCCAAAAAUGCAAUCAGUAAAAUUUUUGUCUGUCUGUCUGUAUGUUCCUUAUAGAAACAAAAACUACUGGACGGAUUUUAAUGAAACUUGGUACAAUUAUUCUUCACACUCCUGGACAGGUUAUAGUAUACUUUUCAUCACGCUACAAUCAAUAGGAGCAGAGUAGUGAAGGGAAAUCCUUUUGUAUGAAAAAUCUAAUCUAAACCACUCAAGUUAGACGUUUGAAAUUUGGCAUGCAGGUACCUUAGAUACCGUAGAGGUGCACUAAGAAAGGAAUUCCCGAAAUUCUUACGGGAACGGGAAUUAGCGGGAAAAUCCUUUUGUAUGAAAAAUCUAAACCACUCAAAUUAGACGUUUGAAAUUUGGCAUGCAGGUACCUAAGAUACCGUAGAGGUACACUAAGAAAGGAAUUCCCGAAAUUCCCACGGGAACGGGAAUUAGCGGGAAAAUCCUUUUGUAUGAAAAAUCUAAACCACUCAAGUUAGACGUUUGAAAUUUGGCAUGCAGAUACCUUAGGUACCGUAGAGGUGCACUAAGAAAGGAAUUCCCGAAGUUUCCACGAGAACGGGAAUUAGCGGGAAAAUCCUUUUGUAUGAAAAAUCUAAACCACUCAAGUUAGACGUUUGAAAUUUGGCAUGCAGAUACCUUAGGUACCGUAGAGGUGCACUAAGAAAGGAAUUUCCAAAAUUCUCACGGGAACGGGAAUUAGCGGGAAAAUCCUUUUGUAUGAAAAAUCUAAACCAUUCAAGUUAGAUAUUUGAAAUUUGUCAUGCAGGUACCUUAGAUACUGUAGAGGUGUACUAAGAAAGGAAUUCCCGAAAUUCCCACGGGAACGGGAAUUAGCGGGAAAAUCCUUUUGUAUGAAAAAUCUAAACCACUCAAGUUAGACGUUUGAAAUUUGGCAUGCAGAUACCUAAAGUACCGUAGAGGUGCACUAAGAAAGGAAUUCCCGAAAUUCCCACGAGAACGGGAAUUAGCGGGAAAAUCCUUUUGUAUGAAAAAUCUAAACCACUUAAGUUAGACGUUUGAAAUUUGUCAUGCAGGUACCUUAGGUACCGUGGUGGUGCACUAAGAAAGGAAUUCCCGAAAUUCCCACGGGAACGGGAAUUAACGGGAAAAUCCUUUUGUAUGAAAAAUCUAAGCUCUUCAAGUUAGAUGUUUGAAAUUUGGCUCGCAGGUACUUUAGAUACCGUAGAGGUGCAUUAAGAAAGGAAUUCUCGAAAUUCCCAUUGGAACGGGAAUUAGCGGGAAAAUCCUUUUGUAUGAAAAAUCUAAACCACUUAAGUUAGACGUUUGAAAUUUGUCAUGCAGGUACCUUAUGUACCGUGGAGGUGCACUAAGAAAGGAAUUCCCGAAAUUCCCACGGGAACGGGAAUUAACGGGAAAAUCCUUUUGUAUGAAAAAUCUAAGCUCUUCAAGUUAGAUGUUUGAAAUUUGGCUCGCAGGUACUUUAGAUACCGUAGAGGUGCAUUAAGAAAGGAAUUCCCGAAAUUCCCAUUGGAACGGGAAUUAGCGGGAAAAUCCUUUUGUAUGAAAAAUUUAAACCACUCAAGUUAGACGUUUGAAAUUUGGCAAGCAGGUACUUUAGUAAACUUAAAGCUUAGUUGCAACAGGAUAUUACAAAAUUCCCACGGGAACGGUAGUAAGCGGGAAAAAACAGUUGUAUGAAAAAAUCAAAUCUAAAUAAAAGGAGAAACUGACUGACUGAGUGACUGACAUAUCAACGCAUAGCCUGAACGGCUAAACGUAGGCAUUUGAAAUUUGGAAGGGACAUAGCUUAGGUACCGUAGAGGUGCACUAAGAAAGGAAUUUCCGGAAUUCCCACGGGAACGGAAAUUAGCGGGAAAAUCCUUUUGUGUGAAAAAUCUAAACCGCUUAAGUUAGACGCUUGAAAUUUGGCAUGCAGGUACCUUAGUUAACUUAAAGCUUAGUUGCAACAGGAUAUUGCAAAAUUCCCACGGAAACGGGAGUUAGCGGGAAAAAAACAUUUGUAUGAAAAAAUAGAAACCGCGUAAGAUAGAUGUUUUCAAUUCAAUUCAAUAAAUUAUUUAUUGCAUUCCAUGUAGUACAAUGGGGUGUUACAUAGGCAUAGGAACUAAAACAUGGACCCUGUAGGGCACAGCAACGUUGAAGGGAAGAGAGGAAGUGUGUAUUAAAAUUAAAACUCAAUGAACAAUCAAUUAAAAAAAAAAAUUCAAUCAAUUGAUUCAAUCUAGCAUGCAUGCAUACCUUAGUAAUUAUAAAGUUAAUUUUUGGCUGUAUUUUGAAAAAUGGGAGUUAUUGGGAAAAAAAUUGUAUGAAAAAAUCUAAACUGCAUAAGUAUGCACUCCCACACACGCAAAGAUCUCUCUCUUAUAUAAGACGCCACGCGGACGAAGUCGCGGGCAAAAGCUAGUUCAUUAUAAAAAGAAAACAGCAUCUAGUCUGUUGAGGCUAACUUCUCAGCAGCUAAAAUCUCACUAUUAAUAACAUCAAUUAUAUCAUAUUUUUGCCCUAGUUGGUACAAAAAACACAUAACCUAUACUAAUUUUACUAAUUUUUAAUGGAGAUAGUAUCUUGUCAGUUUGCUCUUCAGAGCUCGCUGUGAAUCGGAAAAUACAUAUAUCUAGAUGAAGAGAUUUCGCCUUCAAAUCGUUAUAUGUAGGAUGCACAAGCUCUGGAUAAGGGUUGAUGUAAUCCUAAGUUGGUUCUAUGUCGUGGUAAUGUGAACGUUUUUGUAAGGGAAUGUCGGGGAUAUCUAUAGGGGACAGUUAUAUUGAUAGCGUUAAGAAGCUCAGUACAUUUUAAUUUAUUAUUUAAAAUUUUGUGUAAAAAAGUCAUUAAGGCACUUUAUUAUUACAUAGUAUAUGUGAUUAUAUGUAUAUUUAUGUAAAUAUACAUAUUUCAUAAUAUUUAACUAUCGUAAUAUUUAUUACCUUAUUAUUAUUUUUGAAUAACUAUUAAGUAAGUGAAAUGUUAAAUACUUACCCUAUACGAUGUCGAUACAGGGCGGCGACAGUGAUGACAGUGACAGUGAUCAAUAAUAGCCUGCUCUCUCCUCAAAAGUUGAAAAUAACACGUACUUAAAUAAACAGUUACUAAGGCAAACUAGUCAACAUUUUUUUGGGAUGUUUUCGCAUAGGUAUGUUGUCAUGGGAACGACAUUUGGCCCCGAUUCCUGCAAACACCGCCUAAUUUUAUUUUAAGUAAUAUCCGUCAUUUUCAUAUCCGUCGAAAAGGAAAGGGACGGAUGAUUCACAGCUCUUAAUUUUAGGAAGAAUGAGUAAAUGAAUUUGUCGGGUUAUUGACUGAUGUAAAAUUUUUAGACGGUUGGUUUAGAUUUGUGCUUAAAAUUGACGUGUGUUCCAUAAAUUUUAUGCUUGUCAAUUACCCGUCCCUUUCCUUUUCGGCGGAUAAGAAAAUGACAGAUAUAACUUAAAAUAAAAUUAGAUGGUAUUUACAGGAAUUAGCACCAUUGAAUGUACAAAGAAAGAGGGCUUUAAUGUGUGCUUUGAGUAUUGUUGAUAAAUGUCGAAAUAAAUUACAAAUGGAAUGAAUAGA